AGGUGCUUGCUUAUCACUCAAAAAACCGAAGCAAAAAGGGUCAGAAGCCACGGGUUUACACGUAAUGGAGAGUUGUUGCUAUUUCCACUCCCCACUCUGCCAUUUUCCCUCCUCUUCACCAUCUUCUUCCAUUAGAAAUGCACACACCCAGAAGAAGAUCAGAACAGCCACGGUUUGUAUGCGCCAAGAAAGUCCAAAAGAAACCGGCUUUUGCAACAGGAGAGCUAUUUUCUACUUGGGUUUUUCAGUGUUUCCGCUUCUUAGUUUGAGUGCAAAAGCCGUUGAAUCCUUAGCUGCAGUUUCAGAAGAUUCAGAAAUGAGGGCAGAAGACCAGAGACAAAAAGCAGAGCAUUCAGUUCAGGGAAAUCAAUCUCAAAACCUGUUUCUUUCACUUCUCAACGGACUUGGGAUUUUUGGCAUAGGUGUUCUUGGUGCUCUCUAUGCAUCACUUCAGAAGGAAAAGGCCACCUCCGAUGCAACCAUAGAAUCUAUGAAUCUUGAACUGAAGGAAAAAGAAGCCGCCAUCACUUCUCUUGGGAAAAAAUAUGAAUUGGAUUUGAAGAAUGAAAAAGAAGUCCGAAAUAAGCAUCUAGCGAAAGCAAGUGAGGAGCAACAAUCUUUAGUUAGCCAAUUGAAACUUGCAAAUGGUACAAUAACUAGCCUUGGAAAAGAGCUACGAAACGAGAAAAGAUUAGUUGAAAAGCUUAAUAUGCAGGUUGAUAGUCUUCAAGCGGAUAUUGUCAAGGCAGGGAAUGAGAAGGAGGAGCUCGAAGAGAAGUUGAAAGAGAAGUUUGAUUGCGUAGCAAUCUUGGAAGGAAGAAUUGACUUGCUUAGUUUAGAGAUGAAGGAUAAAGAAGAUAAUCUUCAGAACCUUAACUUGAAACUCGCUGAAAAGGAGAUAGAGUUAAACAAAUUGAGCUCUGCAUAUCGGCAGUCACAGGAUCAACUAACAGUUUUAAAUUCUGAGAUCGGCAAAUUAAGAAAUGAGCUCAUGAAAAAUGAAAAAGAGCUGGAAUUGAAGAAUGAGAUGGUGGAUAACUUGAAUGUGCAAAUUAAUUCUUUGCUCUCUGAGAGAACUGAAUAUGAAAAGAAGGUUGAUGCGCUUCAGACCGAGUAUAGCCACUUGAAGUCCCAUUCAGAAAAGAAGGCAGCUUCAGAUGAGGAACUUUUAGAAGAACAAGAAAAUAAAAUCCACCAACUUGCGGAACAACUUCAAAUUGCCUUGGAUGAAGUGAACGAAAAAGAAGUGGUUAUUGCUGAUAUGACCCUGGAAAAAGAUGGCUUAAGAGAAAUGCUGAAUAUUGAAUUGAAAAAUGUAAAGAAUCUCGAGAAGGAGCUCCAGAUCACCCAGGAAACUUUAGAGAAAUCAAGAGAUGAAGCUUCUGAUUUGGCAAAACAACUGCAGCAGGCAAGGGAUUUGUGCUCAGAGCUUGAAGCACAGGUCUCUAAAGUUCAGGCCGAGUUUGCUGAAGCUCGAGAGUCCUUACAGAGGAAUAUUGAUGAGGCAAAACACAGUGAAGAGGUUUUAGCUGAAGAGUUAAGGUCAACAAAGGAGCUUCUGAGGAAUGCAAAUGAAGAGCUGCAAAUUAUUACGCGUGAAAUGGCCGCAGCUGCUGAAGAACGUGAUAGCCUACAGAAACAACUUGUUGACGCCCAUAAGAAGGUGGGAAACGCGGCUCGUGAUCUCGAAGAAGAAAAGAAGAUAAUCUCUACUUUGAAUAAAGAGUUAAAAGUUGUGGAAACUCAGAUCUUGAAAGACAAAGAAUCGCGAAAAUCUCUUGAAUUGGAUUUGGAAGAGGCUACUAAAUCACUUGACGAGAUGAAUCAAAAUGCCUUAAUACUUUCAAGAGAUUUAGAACUUGCUAAUGCUCGUAUUUCCUCACUAGAAGAUGAGAGAGACAUGUUCUACAAAUCCCUUGAUGAGCAAAAGCGAGUCUCUCAAGAAGCCCGGGAAAAUUUGGAAGAUGCCCAUAACCUGGUGAUGCGACUUGGAAAGGAAAAGGAGAUUUUGGAAAAGAGAGAAACAAAACUAGAAGAAGAGUUGGCAUCUGCCAAGGGGGAAAUAUUGCGUCUAAGGAGUCAAAUAAAUUCAUCGAAAGCUCCCAUAAAUGAUCAGCAUCAGCAAAAAGCUGAAGUAGGAGAAAAAUCUACUGUUCCUGUGAGGAAAGUUACCCGAAGGAGAAAGGUUAGUCGGCAGCAGGAUGAUUCGUAGUGGCCACACAUCUAAAUGCCAUGUGUACCUUCUACAUUUGUUCAUAUUUAUUGGAAGUCACUGAAUCUGGCUGCCCUCGGCUUUCAUCUUCUUUACAUAGAGAAAUUUUUAAAUAACAGUGAAUUUAUGUAUGGUGAGAGUGUUCUCUGUAGGGACUUUCUCGCAUUGUAUUUCAUUUCAUAACGCUUGUAUAUUUAACAGGCAGAGGGAUCUAGCACAGUUUGCUGUGUAAUUUUGCAAGAUGUUUAGAAGGAAACGCGCAUUUUUUUCUUCUU